AUGCGUUUCACUCAGUUCUUCAACUACCUUGCUGUCGGCUCCCUUGCCGGCAUCGCCGCCGCCGCUCCGUUGGGAACUCGGACCCUGGAGGUCGAGGAGGGAGAGCAGUUGGCCUCCCGUUCCACCAACGCAGUGGUGACCGUCAGCGCAUUGGCUGUCACUAGCGUCAAUGACAGUGUUGGCAAGAGCUCCGGCUCGAACUCUUACACCAAGUACACCGGCGAUGGUUCGACGGCUGAUGGAUGGCCCGCCAAGUCCGACUGGCUUUCCUUCGAUGCGAUGUGGGAGGCCAACAAGGAUGCUGUCAUCGCCAAGUCCUGCAGCAACAAUGGCUGGGGCCAGGACAACUCAGCAACCGAGACCGCAAACAUUAAGAGUGCCAUUGAGAAGGUCGCUGAGGAGUCCAAGGUCGACCAUCGCUUCAUUCUGGCCGUGGUUCUGCAGGAAUCCAAGGGCUGUGUGCGGGUCCCGACUACCGCCAACAGUGUAAGCAACCCUGGCCUCAUGCAGAGUUACCAGGGUACCGGUACUUGCUAUGGAAAGAGCACCUGCUCCGACUCGGAGAUCGUCCAGAUGAUCCGCGAUGGAGCUAUUGGAACUUCCUCCAGUGGCGGUUAUGGCCUCGCUUCUUACCUGGACUUGGCCGAUCGGACUGGUGUUGCGGCCUACUACCGUGCCGCCAGACUUUACAACUCCGGUGUAAACUCCCUUAAGUCGACCACCAACCUUGAUCUUGCCUCUGGUGCCACUUCUUGCUACGCCUCUGAUAUCGCCAACCGUCUCACUGGCUGGACGACGGCGACCUCUAAGUGCUCUAGCUGCGAUCCACUUUCCUCGGGUCGGCAGUCGCCGGCCGCCGAGCAAACCACAACAACUUCAUACUUCAGUUACUGUCGAACUUGGCACUUUUACCAUGUGCAUGGUUGCGUUUUCUGCUCUUUCGACAUUAUGAUACCUGGGAUGGAGAAGAGUGGCUGUCGCGAGAAGCCAGCGCACGGCAUCGCACCUGUGGCCCGCUUCCCUCAGAGCCGUGGCGAUGGCUAUCGAAGUACUACCCAGCCAGGUACAGACCUGUCAGACUGGAAGUGCUUGGCGGACGUCACUAUGUGGAAGUGCACCUUACUAGAAUGUGUUGCCAGCAUGAUGUACACGUUCAUGUUGACAUGGGUGACGAUUGCACCAGCAUCCAAAGAUCGAGACGAUACCGGUAAUCUCUCCUACCUCAGCUCGGACAACUACGAUUGGGUCCGCUUGUUACCUGCGAGUAUCGUCAAUGUGUGCCUCCUCCCUUUGAUCAUCUUUACUUUUGCGCGCUCGACUGGCGGCUAUAUCAAUCCGACUGUUACAUUGGCUGCGUACUUUCUUCGCCGAGUGUCCUUAUCGCGGGCUGCUAUGUACAUUGCUGGACAAGUUGUUGGAAGUGCCUUGGCAGUGUGGGCUGUGCAAGAAGCAUAUGGUAGCACAGAGUUUGAUAUGGGGUGUAUCAUCAGUCCUGGAGGGAUUUCGAUACGCGAUGCAUGUGUUGCUGAGAUGAUCGGUGGUUUUGCCAUAGUAGUGGCAGUCAUGUACAUUGCUGCUGGUCGCAAAACCAGAGGGUUAUUUGGAGAUGCGAUGUCGCCUUGGAUGGUGGGCAUUGCCAUUGAGGCUGGGUUCUGGUUACCCAGAUUCAUAUGGCAGGAGUAUCCCCGUGCAAGUAUACCAUUGUGGCCUGCGUUGUGGGAGGCUAUGAUCAAUGGCAGCUGUUAA